CUGCAGACAGGAGGAAGGACGGGACUCUCCGGGCGGCGGGCUGGUCGGAGGCGAAGCGGCGGACCGUCAUGGACAGGACGGCUGUGGUGAAGGUCGGGGCCGCGGCCAGCGCCAGCGUCUGCGCUCUGUUCGGCGGCGUGGUUCUGGCCCAGUACAUUGUCGCCAAGAAGAAGCGAGCGGGCAAGAAAACCAGAAUCAUAGAAAUGAUGCCUCAGUUUGAGAAAACGACGGUCCACAUGAGGGACCCUGAGAGAGUGGAGCAGAUCAUCUGUGGCCUCAUCAAAGGAGGAGCUUCCAAACUACAGAUCAUCACAGACUUUGACAUGACGUUAAGCAAAUUCGCCGUCAACGGCAAACGCUGCCCAACAUGUCACAAUAUCAUUGAUAACUGCAAACUGGUAACAGAGGAGUGCAGGCAGAAGCUGCUGCAGCUGAAGAAUAAAUACUAUCCCAUUGAGAUUGACCCUCAUCUCACCAUGGAGGAGAAAUAUCCGUUCAUGGUGGAGUGGUAUUUCAAGUCCCACACACUACUUGUGGAGCAGCGGCUAGAGAAAGACAAGCUGCCAGAGGUGGUGAGAGAGUCUGAUGCUGCACUCAGAGAAGGCUUUGAGCAGUUCUUUGACCGCCUGCAGCAGCACAACGUGCCUGUCUUCAUUUUCUCCGCUGGCCUGGGCGACAUCCUGGAAGAAAUCAUCCGCCAGGCUGGAGUCUACCACCCCAACGUCAAGGUUGUCUCCAACUUCAUGGACUUCGAUGAGAACGGCGUCCUGAAGGGAUUCAAAGGUGAGCUGAUCCACGUGUACAACAAACACGACGGCGCCCUGCGGAACACGGAGUACUUCAAGCAGCUGAGGGAAUACUGCAACAUCAUCCUGAUGGGCGACUCGCUGGGGGACCUCAGCAUGGCCGACGGCGUGCCCAACGUGGAGAACAUGCUCAAGAUCGGCUUCCUCAAUGACAAGGUGGAAGAGCGUCUUGACAAAUACAUGGACUCUUAUGACAUCGUUCUCGUGAAAGACGAGACUCUGGAAGUGCCCAAUGCCAUCCUCCAGAAGGUUCUAUAACUCCACCCUCCAGCUCCCCCCCAACUCCCCACCCCUCCCAGUCCACUCCUCUUCUACCACCAACCCCUCCACUCUCUCUGGAUCUGACCAGAGAUAUCCUGUGAUUUCCCCCCCAACCCGCCAACCCAUCCACCCCAUCCUCCUAACAGCCUUUUAAAAAGACAUUUUACAUCUCCUGAUCUCCUGAAUGAACUGUUUUAAAAGUCCACACAGCAGCAACAGCCGGUCUCUGGUGUGUUUUGUCUGUUUCAACCAUUUCUUGUAUUUUUUUCCUCUUGAAUCAUUUUAUGAUAAAAGAAUAACCAAAAGUGAGUUUUAAAAAAAAACAUCUCACACUAUGUUUAGAAUUUGCACAUUAUUAUUAUUAUUAUCAUCAUACUUAUUCCUGGGAUUAUUUUUGAUAUGGUAGAAUUUGCAUACCAUCAACCAGGUGCUCGCAGACACACUGUUUUUGUUUUUGAGCUAUCCCAGCAUGCCAGUCAGCUCCCUUAUUUUAAAUGUGUGACUGGGCUUUUAGAUGUCCAUCUGGUCAGUCUUUUAUUGAACACAUAUCUGGAACAGCUAUUGUCCAGCUUAGGGGUUAAUGGAAGUAAUGCAGUACACAGAGGACCUUGGAAAAUGUAAUUCCUGGCAAAAAUUUAAAUGUCUUGCUCGGUGACAGCAGCAGCAACACAAUAGCCACUUACAGUAUUUAUUUUAAUCGUAAAUAAAGAAAAAAAAAAACAUAUUCACAGCAAAAGAGAGAAAAUGCACUUUAAAGUCUGUGUACCGGGAAACCAGAUCCCCCUUUACACGAGCACAUGUGGCAGUAGUUUGGAUUUGUCGAUGUAGAAACACAUUCUUGCACAGAAAAGCCAUGUUUACACACAAGUUUUGGUUUUUUUAUUUUACCCCUUACAUGCUAAUUUGGCUUCAUCUUAAUGCAGAAGAAGAAUCUCUGCAACUCAUGGCGCCAUUUUUAAUUUGAGAUUCUCUGCAUAGUUCAUGAAGUAUUUCCCCGCCCCAGUGUUGAAGGUCAAAGAAGUAUUAAUUAACGUGAAAGUCGACAUCUAGCGACCGUUAACAGAAAUCCCAACAGUGAUAAGCCCCUUACACCAUUACAGGGGAUCCCUUUGGUUUCUCCUGUAAAAUCUAUAUCACAGUAUAACUAAACUCUAGUUUAUUGAACAUCCCGGUAAGCAGAAACACUCUGCUGUGUGCGGCUCCGUAAAACCCAGCACAAGACCCGUUGAAAGUCUAUGUUUAUCACCCUUCUGUGUAUUCUGUGGACAAAAUUGAGCACUACCUCUACAAUAUUCAUCUUUGUGUUUUCGGGAGGUUCAAAACUAAAAUAUCGCUGUCUCUGUCUCCACAUGUUGUGUUGAAUGUUCUCUUUGAAUUUUGUUUGUGUUUUAAAUGUGCUGCUAUCACCUGCAUGUUGCCUUUUCUUAUUGUUAAGUUUAUGUCAAAAAAUGGGAUGCUAAAAAGUGUCUAUAUAAAUAUAUAUAUAUAUCUAUCAAUAAAAUGGGGUAUAAUGUCAUACUGUAUAUGUGGGCGUUAUAUGGAAAUGUAUAUUGUGUCACUGCAUUUGGAGAGAUUUCCAGAAGUUUAGACCGGUGUGUUUUAUUUUUAUAAGCAGAUUGCUUUCUUUGAUGGUGUGAGUAGAAAAUGCAAUAAAAAUUCAUUUUGCGAGGCCAUGAGUGGCUCACAGACUGAACUAUUGUC